ACAUUUCUAACCUUGUCAAACCACUUCUGCGCCACAUGCAGCACAAAUCAAUUGGCAGUCGCGAUUGUGGCUCUCACUAAGAAUUGCGCGUCGAAGUAGUUUGGACGUGAAAAUUUUCCACUCUUUCGCGAGAUAGUUCGGAAUUGUCAUCAUGUCGAAAGCAAAUUCUAAAAAUUCGGAUAUUACUCAGGCGGUACCUUUGAUAAAUGGGGAAAUUUUCGAAAUUGAGCAAUGUCUCUUUCCGAUUCCAGAAGAAUUUUUCCUUAAAGAUGAUUCGAUUUCGGAAGAGGAGUGCAUUUCAAUUUCCAUUAGUGAAUCGUUGAAUCUUCCAAGUCUACCAGCUUACACUGUACGGAAGAGUAUACUGGAUCCGGCCAAAUUAACACCUGAGGUCAUCAAUGAGCUGUGCUUUCACGAGAUGCUGUUGAUAAGUACGGAAAACGACGAAAUCGUUGGCGGUUUUGCCAUUCAGGUAGAAACCAUUGCUGAUGAAGUGAUUGCCGUAUUUUGUAGCUCGCAUUUCUCGAUGGAUGGAAAUGAGAAAACAGCGCGAAGCGAACUGCUGGCCUUGACUGACAAACAAUUCAAUCCAUAUCAGGAGCGCAAGUGUGAAACUAUUUUUGCGGGUGACUUCAAGCAGGUACAGUUAUGAAUAAUAUGGAAACGAUUUAUUAGCAUGUUGCAUAUGAUGAAUGGCGACUUUCAUUUAUUAUAACAACACAAAGGUUUGCAUUUAACUUUCCAUCUGAAAGCACGUGAACGUGGGAUGAGGAGAUUAAAAUGUUUGUAAAAUACUGUGGCUUGUACAAUGUAAAUUAUAAU